AUGUGGGCCCCCAACCGCCAACUGUCCAGAUCUUUAUCUUAUCUCCCGCGAGGCCUCCAUAUCCUCUUCGGCCUCGACAACAUUGCCACCAACACAAUGGCCUCUCCUUCAACCCGUCGUCUUCUAAAAGAGAGCAGUGAUCUCCACAAAAACCCCAGUCCUUACUUCACUGCAUCACCAACAAGUGACUCCAAUCUCCAUGACUGGCACUUCACCCUAGCAGGGCCACCUUCCUCCCCUUACUCCAAAGGCCUGUAUCAUGGCCGCAUAACCUUCCCAGCAACCUACCCCCUCCGCCCACCAUCAUUCCGGUUCCUGACACCCUCGGGCCGCUUCGAGGUCAACCGUGAGAUCUGCCUUAGUAUCUCAGGCCAUCAUGAAGAAACAUGGCAGCCAGCCUGGGGGGUACGCACAGCGCUGCUGGCCAUUCGCUCGGAGAUCUUCGGCUCUGAAAGCCAAGGGCAGGUUGGUGGGAUGGAAGGCACAGAAGAUGUCCGUAGGGAACAUGCGAGGCUUUCGCUCGAUUGGACCUGUCGCGAGUGCGGGGUCAGCAAUUUGGAGGGGAUGAAAGAGGUUUGGGAUUCUUGUCGGGAACACGAGAUUGAAAUCGAUGUUGAGAGUGCUGGGAGUGCUGGAAGUGCUGCUAAUUCUCAGGCUGGAACUGAGAUACAGGCUGGAGCUCCGGUUUCGGUUCAGAGCCAAGAUCAACCCACUGUUCCUGAGGAUGGACUAGAGGACGCACUGCAAGAUUCUACAAGUCACGGUCAUAAUGCAAAUGUUGCUUCUGAUCAAGCUUCAUCUUCGGCUCCAGCUUCUGGCCCAGCUGCUGCACCUGUCGCUGCGGCCCGAACAACACAAAUGCAGCUGUCUGGCAUUGUUCCCACCCAAACAUUGCCUGGCCGUUCAACCUCUACCAACUCUGUCGAAUCUCCAUCCGAAAGCAUCUGGCUGGACCGGGCUAUCAUUGGUGUUGCUAUUGCUCUCAUUCUACUUGUACUGCGACGGGUUUCCAACGUCGACGACCUAUGA